UCUCUGCAGCCACUUGUCAAGCAAGCCACCGAUUGAAUCUCCAUAAACUAUAAAUCAAGAAUCAUGGAGCCCCUAGCCAAAGCUCAGAGGAACACAAAGAGAGAGAGAGAGAGAGAGCGACUAUGGUAGAAGAAAACAGAGUCACCCUCCGUGGAAUGUGGUCAAGCAUGUACAGUAAGAGGGUCGAACUUGCCCUGCGAGUGAAGGGGAUCGAGUACGAGUACAUGGAGGAAGAUCUGAUGAACAAGAGCAUGUUGCUGCUCCGCUACAAUCCUGUCCACAAGAAGGUUCCUGUUCUGGUUCAUAACGGUAAGCCUGUUGCAGAAUCUCUAGUCAUUCUCGAAUACAUUGACGAGACAUGGAAGCAUAAUCCUCGGCUACUGCCUGAAGAUCCCUAUGAAAGAGCCAAAGUCGGGUUCUGGGCUAACUUUCUACAUCUGCAGGUGUUCGAGGCCUUGGCUGUAGUGUUCACUUCCGAAGGCGAAGUACAAGAGAGAGCCAUUGAGCAAGUGCAUGAAUAACUCAAGCUGUUGGAAGGAGGGAUCAAGGGUUGCUUCCCUGGAGGUGCCCCGGCCAUAGGUGGGGACAGCAUGGGACUCCUAGACAUAGUCAUGUGUUCGCUAUUCGGUGCCCAUAAAGUUCAGGAAGAAGUUUUCGGCGUGAAG